UUGUUGAUUUUUUCUUUCUGUGCAGAUGCUUUUUAAUUUGAUGUAGUCUCACUUAUUUUUUGUUUUGUUACUUGUGGGUUAGGUGUUACAUCCAGGAGUUGUCACCAUUGAGUUUCCUUUGCCUAUCCAUAAAUUUGCUUGUUGUCUGCAAGCAGAAUUUCUGGAUCACAGGCACAAAGAAUUAGGCUUGAAUAUGUUGAGCUCAGGAAUUUUGUCUAGUUCAUAGCUGUUGCUCCAGAAUGUACAAAAUGUGUUUAAUAAAUACUUGGUGAUGGGAUGAGGCUGAAUUACAAAUCCCAUCUAUGUAGGUAUUAAGGGGGGGCUAAUGAACUCUUUUGAUUUAACUGAGCAGCCAGGUAAAUGGGGACCUCUGUGUGUAGCCUUGCAAAAUACAUCAGAGUCUGCCAUGCAGUUCCGAAGGGAUAAUGUCAAGACCCUGAGGCAUUUGCCCUUGGGUACUAGGAUCACUCUCAUCUUGCUGCUCUGUUAAGUCCCUGCAACUUGAGUCUAAGAAAGACUGAAAAGUUUUCAGCUGCCUCAUCUUUCCCUGACCUCACGGGUAGGGGUUCUGCAGAUGUUGUUUCCUUUGGAAGAUCUCUUGCCAAGAAUAGCAUUCCUUGGGGGGAGGGGGUUCAAAUUGGACUAUGGCUGGAAUGUUGCUUUUCUUGGUUUUUUUGAAUGUAUUGCUAGCAAGACUGCUGUGGCUGGGAAAGGCUGUUGGAGUUCACUUCUCUCACGGGGAGAGUGCUGGUCACCAGAAUGUGUGUUGCUCCCGUGAUGCAGCCUCUCUUGAGUUUCUCAUCAGUGGGAAGCCAGAAAUGUUGGGAGCAUUCUUCAGAUGUGAUCAACUUGGCUUUCAAUUUUUAAAAAAUAUUUAUAAAUUCUGUUUCUAUUUAAAGUAGAAAUGACAUGUGUUUGCCUGAGUCAUCUACUUGCUCAUUUGCAUAUGGAAUAUUGUGUGUGAAUAUUUUGUUUAUUGUACCUUUAAAAUACAUUCAAGGGCUAUAUCAAGAGCUCAGAAAAACCGUCUCUGCUGCUGAAGUCAAACCUUAUCCAAAAAAAUUAACAGGUGAGGGCCAGAUGGCUUACUCUUGGUUAUGUGGUAGGGAGGUCAGUGAACAUCUGUGGUCAGUGGCUGAUUUACAUGUGGUGAUCUGAUAGCCCAGUGUGUGGGGUUUAUGUGAAGUUGAGUGAACUGAAAUCCACAGGUACGUACUACAGAGCAGUCAGAAGAGUCCUCUUCACCAAUCCAUAAGCACAUGGCCAGCUGUUUCUGUACAAGCUUGAAAACCAGCAUCAGAAGACAUGACCAAAAAAAAGACACAGCCAACUCACUGUCUGCUCUGUACCCAGAAGUUGAAGAGUUUUUAUAACCUGUCAGUUUUGGCACUUGCUCCUACCCUCGAGCCCCUUAAAAUCAGCAAAGCCCAAGAAGACCGCGUCCUCCUGGGUGAACAGAGCCAGAUUUCACAUUGAGCAGCUGCAGACGGAGAAAUCAGAGAAAGCACAACCCAGCCCCAGAUUCCAAGGGGCCUGCUGGGGACUCUCUCCUUCUGCUCGAGAGGGAAAGACCCCGAGGCCACUGUCUCAGGCCAGAUCCUGGCUGCCAUGGGACUCGCAGCUACUGCCCCCCAGCUGCCCUCCACACUGCCAGGCAGAUAAGGGCAGGCGCUGCCCCAGGAGCACCUGCCGCCCCCUGCCGGGCCACUCCUCUGUGGUCAACCCUCCCCCAGCUUUGGGCCACCUUUGCUGACUCGAGGCCAUGUAGGCCCCACCUGGGCCUUUGUGGAUACACACACUGCUGGGGACACCGCCUCUGCUCUCUGGGGAACACAGCGUACCACCAUGCCCCGGGGAUUCGCCUGGCUGCACUAUCUCGGGAUCUUCCUUGCCAUGGCCUUGGGGAACGAGGGUUUGGAGAUGUGGCCUUUGACCCAGAGCGAGGAGUGUGCAGUAACUGGCUUUCUUCGGGACAAGCUUCAGUACAGGAACCGCCUUCAGUACAUGAAACACUACUUCCCCAUCAACUACAGGGUGAGCGUGCCUUAUGAGGGGGUGCUCAGAAUGGCCAACAUCACCAGACUGCAGAGGGCCCAGGUCAGCCAGCAGGAGCUGCGGUAUCUGUGGGUCUGGGUGAGCCUCAGUGCUACUGAGUCGGUGCAGGAAGUGCUGCUUGAGGGCCACCCAUCCUGGAAGUUCCUGGAGGAGGUACAUACGCUGCUGCUGGAUGUUCAGCAAGGCCUCACGGACGUGGAGGUCAGCCCCAAGGUGGAAGCAGUGGUGUCGCUCCUGAGCACCCCCAGGUUGAGCCUGAAGCUGGUGCGACCCAAAGCCCUGCUGGACAACUGCUUCCGGGUCAUGGAACUGCUCUACUGCUCUUGCUGUAAACAAAGUUCCGUCCUAAAUUGGCAGGACUGUGAGGUGCCGAGCCCUCAGCCCCACAGCCCGGAGUCCUCAUCGCAGUGUGUAGCUGCCCCGCUGUACCCUCUGCCCCAGCAGCCCCCCAUCUCCCUGCCCCGCUCCCCAGGACCCAAGACUGGACCCCCAGCUCAGUGAGGCGACUGAGGGCACAGGGCAGAGGCCUCGUGCCCCACCUGGCCUGUGUGGUGACCUGUGUGGGACAGCUGGAGGUGCUCCCGUAGGAGUUUGGUGGAGUCUGAGACUUGUCUGGGGGUGGGGUGGGGGAACCCCCAAGACAGUGUUUUUCCCUUGAGGGAGAUUCUGUGCCUAAGGGCUCAGCUUCCUGCAUUCUGUACCUCACAGUCUCACCUGGAGCAGCUGGGGUCCAGAGCCCCCUGAAGGUGGACAGAGCUUGUCCCCUCCCUGCACCACCUGGGCUGCCUCGCUUGCCUGAAGGUGGUGCCCGGCGUGUCCUGAGGCCUGCAGAGGCUAGACCUGUGCCAGGUUGGGGGGUGGGCGGGCAUGGGGAAGGGGCAGAGCCAGACACCACAUCUUGCCACAGUGGAUGCUCUUCCAGUCCCUCUUAUAUUUUCUAUUAAACACUUGCUUGUUUU